UCACAGAUUCACAAAUCGCUGUUCGCUGCGUCAAGAUUCGAGAGUGUCACUCUCAUCUGCGUAGCCCUCUUAUGAUUGAGAUCGAACGGUCGUCAUAAAAGCAGGCCCAAGUGCCCAACACGAGACGAGACCCCAAAGACGGCACUUCCGACAGCCGGCUUAAGGCAACGAUUUCUCAGCUAACUGCUCUCGUCUUUCAAGUUUCAACUUAAAACAAAAGUUAAAACUUAGAAAGCCUGUCCUCUCACUCUACAGCUACCUUCAACUCUUCUCUCUUCCUCCCUCCCAGCCACUCGCUUUUUUAAAAUUACCUACCCCUCGUCUGUAUAUUUACCUCCAGAUCACGCGCGAAUCUAGGCUCCUUGUCUUCUUCGUUGUUGUGUAGAUCGGAUCUGGUAUUCGAACGAGUCGGGUUUUCACAAUUCAAAAGUGAAAUGCACUUUUCUUGCUACUUUUGUUGAUUCGGGUUAGCAUCAAUGGUGAUUUUCGGUCCCGUUACUCCUGGCCAGGUGUCUUUUUUUCUUGGAAUCAUCCCGAUUAUUACAGCAUGGAUAUAUUCUGAGUUUUUGGAGUACAAUAAGAAUUCAUCAUCCAAAGUUAGGCAAUCUGAUAUUGGUUUGGUUGAAUUGGGAAAUGAGGCUUUAAAAGAGGAUGACAGGGCUGUAUUACUAGAGGGGGGAGGUCUUCAGUCUGCCUCUCCCAGAGGUCGAAGUUCAACUGCCUCAGCUCCCAUUUUCAGGUUUCUUCUGAUGGAUGAGUCCUUUUUGAUUGAAAACCGCUCGACUCUAAGAGCUAUAUCUGAAUUUGGUGCUCUCAUGGCAUAUUUUUACUUAUGCGAUCGGACGGAUUUCUUUAGCUCAUCAACUAAGAGUUACAAUCGAGAUCUUUUCUUAUUUCUCUACUUCCUUCUCAUAAUAGUGUCAGCAAUAACAUCUUUCAAGAUCCAUCAUGAUAAAUCACCAUUCUCAGGCAAAUCCAUACUUUAUUUGAAUAGGCAUCAAACUGAGGAGUGGAGAGGCUGGAUGCAGGUGUUAUUUUUGAUGUACCACUAUUUUGCUGCCAAAGAAAUCUAUAAUGCAAUUAGAGUUUUUAUUGCGGCAUAUGUUUGGAUGACUGGAUUCGGGAACUUCUCAUAUUAUUAUAUUCGCAAAGAUUUUAGUUUUGUGAGAUUUGCACAGAUGAUGUGGCGGCUUAAUUUCUUGGUUUUCUUUUGCUGCGUCAUCCUCAACAACAGCUACAUGCUGUAUUACAUUUGUCCUAUGCACACACUUUUUACCCUCAUGAUUUACGGGUUUCUUGCGAUUCUGAACAAGUAUAAUGAGAUUGGAUUGGUCAUAGCUGCAAAAAUCAUUGCCUGCUUCUUGGUAGUCAUCCUAUUAUGGGAAACACCUGGAGUGUUCGAAAUCGUUUGGAGCCCGUUUAGUUUCCUUCUUGGCUACACUGAUCCGGAUCCUUCAAAACCGAAAUUCUCCCGCUUGCAUGAGUGGCAUUUCCGCUCGGGCCUUGAUCGUUACAUAUGGAUCAUUGGAAUGGUCUAUGCAUACUAUCAUCCAACCGUUGAAAGAUGGAUGGAGAAAGUUGAGGAGAUGGAUUUGAAGAGCAGGAUUUCAUUGAAAACAGCUGUGGUCUUGAUAUCCCUUGCGAUGGGAUAUCUUUGGUUUGAGUACAUAUACAAGCUGGACCGGGUUACCUACAAUAAAUAUCAUCCGUAUACCUCAUGGAUUCCAAUAACUGUAUACAUAUGUUUGCGGAAUGUCACCCAAUAUUUCCGUAGCUAUUCUUUGACCCUCUUUGCAUGGCUUGGAAAGAUUACACUCGAGACAUACAUAUCACAGAUCCAUAUCUGGUUAAGAUCUGCUGUUCCAGAUGGUCAACCUAAAUUAUUGCUUUCUCUCUUCCCAAACUACCCAUUGUUGAACUUUUUGCUCACUACUUCAAUAUACAUCGCGAUCUCUUACAGGCUAUUCGAUUUGACUAAUACUUUGAAGAUUGCAUUUGUACCCAAUAAGGACAAAGACCAUAUAAUAUACAACAUGAUUACAGGAGCGGCCAUUGCAACUGCUUUAUAUGUUCUGUCCUUUGCAUUCUUAAAAGUGCCUCAGAUGCUGGGGUGAUGGUGAAAACAUGAUCUCGAAGAGCACAGAAAGCUUUUCUACCCGGAAUGAAAGAGGAAUAUGGUGCUUGAGAGCAGUUGCAAUGGCUGGCUGCUUGGGCUCUGAUAAUGGUAAUGGAAGAGCGACUAUGUAUGGAUUUUGAGUAUGGAUGCUUAAUGUUUAGGAUUAGGUCGGCAAAGGCCGAAUGGUAUGCUUUAACCUCAUAUUACGCUCAUAAAUGUACCAAAACGUUCGGGCUUACUUAAUUUUGGAAUCGGCCGAUUGGGCCAAUAUUUGUUACUCA